CCUCCCACUAUACCCCCUUUCUCUCUCUCUCUUUCUCAAGUCUACAAAGACGACUUUUCUACCUGUCUCGGUUCCCUGCAGAGACCUCUGCUCCCUCGUCUCCUCUCUUGCCAUAAGCUAUUUGAUUCCCACACCAAGAAUUAGCAGACGGGAAAGGGGGGGGGGGUUUUCCGAUGAUCCAGGUGGCGAUCGAUCGAGAAUCUCCGUUCAAAGAGCUUGACAGCAAGAACAGAGGAAUCAUGGGAGCGGGAGGGAAGGAGGAGGAGGAGGAGCAGUGGCCGCCGUGGCUGCGCCCGCUGCUGUCGACGAGCUUCUUCGUGCAAUGCAAGCGGCACGCUGACGCCCACAAGAGCGAGUGCAAUAUGUACUGUCUCGACUGCAUGAACGGCGCCCUCUGCUCCCUCUGCCUCGCGCGUCACAGCGACCAUCGCUCCAUCCAGAUACGACGGUCGUCCUACCACGACGUGAUCCGAGUCUCGGAGAUCCAGAAGGUGUUGGACAUCACCGGCGUGCAGACCUACAUUAUCAACAGCGCCCGCGUCGUCUUCCUCAACGAGCGCCCCCAGCAGAGGCCCGGCAAGGGCGUCACCAACAUCUGCGAGGUCUGCGAGCGGAGCCUCGUGGACUCCUUCCGCUUCUGCUCCCUCGGCUGCAAGAUUGCGGGCGCCGCCUCUGACUACAACAGGAAGAAAAAGAACCAUCCCCAGAAGAAGAAGAACAAGAAGAAGACGAAGCAGCCAACCGCGGCUUCCGACUCAGACGCCUCCGACACCAGCACCAGCCGCGGCAGCGUGAAGAGCAACGCCACACAGAGCUUCACCCCAUCGACGCCGCCGCCGACCGCCGCCAGCUUCCGCAGCGCCAAGAGAAGGAAGGGCAUCCCCCACCGAGCCCCCUUCGGAAGCAUAAUGCUGGAAUUCUAAGCCACCGAGCCACCUCGCAUCACUAUUACCGAGGCUUCGUACCAUGUAUUAAACAACAGUAGUAUGUACUCCGCAGAAGCUUCCAUCAAUCUCUUCUCCACAGCAAGCGCCAGAACACCAUCCGCGGCACUCAGUGCUUCUUCAUGUGGAGGCCGGUGCCGGUAAACACACGAGCAAUCGGAGCAGAGCUGAUGGAGAAGACCUGUGAUCUGAAUAAGCUUUGAAGGUAUAGUUGUAGUGUUUGUUGAGAUUUUGUGAUAGAAAGGUUUGUAGACUCUGUAGUAACUGUGAAUAUGUAAAGCUUGGUGAAUCCACAAGGAGAGAUGCAUGCCUGCAAACCACAGGAACCUGUGGGAAUAAAAGAAUUCAUCUCGCUUGUUCCUA